AUGUUUGUUUUCCCCCUCUCCCAGUUGAUCGGGUGCAUCAUUGGACGCCAGGGGAGUAAGAUUAAUGAAAUCCGGCAGAUGUCUGGGGCGCAGAUUAAGAUCUCAAACCCUGCGGAGGGAUCGACUGACCGACAGAUCACCAUCACUGGAUCCCCGGCCAAUAUCAGCCUGGCGCAGUACCUCAUCAACGCCAGUCUAGAAAGUGCUAAGUCCACCAGCCAGAAAGGCCCUGCCCUGGUCCCAGAACUCGACAUCAGUCUGUCUGAACCCGCUGCCCCUUCCACUGCCCCGGCGUCGAUUUCUGACCUACCAGCUGAGCUCCCCAGCCCCCUGCCGAGUGACCCUUACCUCUCCAGUGUGAUUGGUGUGAAGCCCGUGUCGCUCCUCACAGUCAGUAUGGUGUCCUCCAAGGGCUCUGCAGCAGGGAGUGUAACCAGCAAAGUGGCUUCCAGCAGCCAGCUGGCAAAGAAAUCAGUGGAAAAGCAGCGAUUCUCCCCCUACUGAUGCCUGGAAAUGUGUGCCAUCUCUGUAGGGGCCUUCUGCCUGUUUUCCCCUGUCACAGGAAACUGAGAAAUGUGUCGAUGAUUCUGCAGAAAACAAACAGCUCUAAUUUCUCUCGCGCUCUCCCCCCGCGCGCCGCGCUCGUUCUCUCUCUCUCUCUCUCUGUUUAUUAAGACAAUACAUGCAUUCUGUUCAUUUCAAUUUGGUGGUGCGGGAGUAAACCUAUUUCUUUGUGUGAGAAUGACUCUCUCUUUGCGCUCUGCCCCCACCCACCCCCCACUUCCCAUGGAUUUUCCCAAGUGAGCUGGAGUUGGUUUAAAUGCGCCCAUAGUCUUGCUAUUCCCCUUCGUGCAUUUUAUGGAAAAGAAACGUUUUGGGAGGUCAAGGAAAGGGUGUGGUGGGUAAGGCAGGCGGGAUUUGCCCAAUCCCAGCAGGGGUUUCGGGUGGGU